GUUUGACUCAGAGGGGCAGCACCUGGAGUCCGUGUCCAUCUCUUCGGGGCGGGGGGGGCCGGCAGCAGGGGGGAGCAACACCAACUGGAAGACCCUGCAAGAGGCCAAGUCAGAGAACCUGGGCCAAGGAGACAAGGCCGACUACUUCAGCUGCGUGGGCACGGUGGUGUACCUGCGCAAGGAGAACUGCAUGUACCAGGCCUGCCCCACCCAGGACUGCAACAAGAAGGUGAUCGACGAGCAGAACGGCCUCUUCCGCUGCGAGAAGUGCGACCGGGAGUUCCCCAACUUCAAGUACCGCAUGAUCCUGUCGGUGAGCCUGGGGCCCCGGAAGGCCUUUCCCGGGGGAGGGGGGUCCCGGGGGGGUUCAGUCUUGAGGUGCGACAGCCCCCCACCCCAUGGGGGAGCCUGCGAGGAGCCCCCAUCCCAGGCAGGCCAGAGGCCCCGGGUGAGAGCAACCCAGGGGUCAAAGUCCCUCACUUGGCAGACCCCCAAAUCAAACGGGGCGCCUGGCUUUGUAGUGGCACUUGCAAAAAAGGCCUUGGGGUCGUGGGAAGGAACCCAGAGGUCAUCUGGUCCAGCCCUGGAGCACCUUGAGCAG